AUGCCCUACACUUCUGCUAAGUAUACUGGGCAGCAAGGUAAGAACGCCAGUCAGAGAAUUGAAGAAUGUGAUGUAAAACCACUACGUGAUAUUUCAUAUUUCUUCGGUUAUUUUCAACAGGAUCUUUAUCCCUGUGAAAAUAAGGAGAACGUGGGCGGCGCCGAAUUGACGAGACUCUUCGGCCUCAUCAAAUUUCGCGACGGGGACAAGUGGGUGUGCACUGACGAAGGUGUGGGUCCUACUUCGCGCGACUGCCUCGUUUACUCCUUCGGGAUAAACUACGAGUGGUCCUUUGAUGAUGCCAUGGCUGAGAGAGGGUGCAAGGUUUUCGCCUUCGACCCAACCAUGGAGAGUCGAGAUCAUCAGCGCUCCGAAAAUGUGAUGUUUCUGAGGCUGGGCAUUAGUAACAUCACCGGGGAACAGGUCAUCGGGAAGGUUAUAAGAAAGGUCGCCCGCCUCCCCGACAUCAUGGCUCGCCUGGGCCACGCCGGACACCAGAUCGACUACCUCAAGAUUGACAUCGAGGGAAUGGAGGUCGAAGUCCUGCAGGAUCUCUUGCUGGAGGAUCCUGCCAUCCUUGCCUCCGUCAGGCAGAUUGGGAUGGAGAUUCAUCCGGGGAUUUAUGGAGACGAAGACGUGACGCAACCAAACAAUCUCUUCGCUAAGUUUUGGAGAAUAUUCCAGCUCCUGGAUUGCCUGGGAUUCCGCCUCAUUCACUGGAAUAGGAAUACAUACAAGAGGAAUCACUACAUCUGGAAGGGAAGGAAAGAGGCUACCUGUUACGAGGUCGUUUACGUAAGGAUUGUGGACGCAUCGGGGAUGUCGUUGGAGGGAGAGGGCAUGUUCUUCGUAGCAAUGAAGUGGCAUUUAGAAAGAACAACAUCCAGUAUUCGUUCUUUCGUGUACUGGCAGGAAGUAGACAACUUAGAGUCAGUGAAAUACCUUCAGGAAUAUGAACUACUGGCUUUGGAGCAAGAGAAGGAUAACCACGACGAAGACGGUCUCAUCGAAGUUCAAGGCACAAGGAAAUAA